AUGAGAGCGUGCAUGGUAAUUUUAUUUUUGAGUACCGGUCUCGCGCUCGAUCCGAAAUUCGUAUUUCUCAAGGAUUUUUUCCGGAAGAAAAACGUCCCAAUAACACUAGUUACUUGUCCCGAUUUCAAAAACGUCACGAUCGAGGCUUUUUUAUCGUCCAGAACCCAUUUAGAUAAUUCGAUGGGCUUUCAAUUCUACGGAAAUCGACCGCAGAUAAUUUUCAAUAGCGCUAACCACAGAAAUUGGCACGUAAUCGACUUGAUUUUUUGCGGAAAAUCGAGCGAUUUUCUUUUCCAAAUGAAUGAAAUAAAUGCCUUCAGAUUCCCCUUCAAACAUCUCAUAUUAAUCGACAUUUCCUCAUUCGAUACAAUUCUAUUAUCUGUAUGUAAAUGCGAUGUAUCAAUAGGAAGCGAAGUUUUGCUGGCAAUUUUCAACGAAACAACCGCAGAAAUAUUCGAAACGUACAAAUUUAGAACUACCAGUAAAUGCAAUGUACUUCCCUAUGGAAAUUGGAGCGAAAAAAAUGGAAUAACUUAUACCACACAAGGGGCAUCAUUAUUUCAAAGACGCCGGAAUUUCCAGCGAGAAGAACUCGUCGUAAACGCGGUUAUUAAAUCUAACAAAAGUUUGCAAGUCGAUUUCGACGAUAUCCCGGAAGCGACUUUCGAUGAGCCCUAUUUUCUGGAAAGCGCCGCCAGUCUCACAUACGCCUUGACCUACCUAAAUGCCUCUUAUUCCUUUCGAGUUUACACUGUCUUCGGCCAUUUGAACCACACUACUGGCAAAUUCUACGGCAUGAUAAGCGAUCUGGCCAAAGGCAUUGGUGAUAUUACAGGAUCUGCUCUGUACUUGAGCCUGGAAAGAUUGGUCGUGGUGGAUUUGGUGGGGAACCAGAGAUCCUACGGGACUAAAUUCGUUUUGAAGGAACCCUCCAUGUCUUACGUGGAGAAUAUCUACUUAAUGACCUUCACGGACGGGGUUUGGCUGGCUUCUGGGCUGGUGUUAGUUAUCUUCUGCUUUAUUCUAUUCGUUGUCAUCAAUUUGGAAGGGUUUAAAAAGAAAAACGGUUCUGGAAAAGGUCGAAAAUUCACCAUCAGCGACGCCGUGCUGCUAUCUUUGGAGGCUUUAUGCCAGCAAGGUACAUCCGUGGAUUCCAAAACGAUAGCAGGAAGGAUUUUACUGGUGUUCCUGUUCAUGGUAUUCAUGUUUCUCUACGCUGCUUAUGCCGGUUACAUACUGGUGUUGCUACAAUCCACCAAGCCGAUAGGAUCUGUUAAACAUCUGUUAGACAGCAGGCUGGAAUGCGGAGGAGUCAACGUUAGUUUCCUCACCGAUUGGUACCUGGUUAACAAUGAUCCGGUUUUAAAGGAAUUGUAUUUAAAGAAGCUGAAGAAUGUGGGUUUGUUGAGCUUGGAAAAGGGCCUGAGUAGAGUGCGAGAAGGCAAUUUCGCCUUCCACACUGCUCUGAACAUCGCUUAUAUUCACAUUCAUAAGACCUUUACCGAUGACGAAAUUUGUAAGUUGCAGGAAUUACCGGGAUAUUUGAACACCGACCUUUAUUAUGUAGUGCCUAAAAGGUCCCAGCACAAAGAGUUUUUCAAAGUUAGUAUUUUACGGAUCAACGAACUGGGAUUUCAAUCUCGCAACCAGUACAGAUCGUCUAAGAAGCCGAAAUGCUACAACUCUAUAGGGAACUUUGUACCGGUGGGAUUUUACGAUUGCUAUACGAUAAUCGAGCUAUUUUUCAUCGGGACUUUUCUGUCUCUAAUUAUCUUCAUCGUUGAAUUGGGCACUGACAAGUGGAUGAGAUCGUUGAAGAUGAAACGGUUCAACUAA